AUGAGAACUCAUUCGAAGGAGAGUACCAAUACUUGCUCCUUAUGUCAAAGAAGUUUUUCUGAAUCGGGUGCUUUCUCAAAACACAUGAGAACUCAUACAGGAGAGAAACCAUAUAGCUGCUCUAUCUAUCAAAGAAUUUUUUCUCUUUCAAGUGGUCUCAAAUAUCACAUGAGAAUUCAUACAGGAGAGAAACCAUAUACUUGCUCUAUAUGUCAAAGAAGUUUUUCUAUUCAAAGUAAUCUCUCAAAACACAUGAGAAUCCAUACAGGAGAGAAACCAUAUACUUGCUCUAUAUGUCAGAGAAGUUUUUCUCAAUCAAGUGAUCUCAAAAGACAUGAUAAAUUACACUGCCUAUCGUCAAAUCUUCAAAAUUCAUACCCUAAAGAAUUAGUUCAGAAAAUAAUCAACAAACUUUUAACUAAAUAUCUGAAACCAGUUCCACCGAUUGUUGACAUUCCAAAGAAACUUAUUUAUGCCUCUAUUCCCUAA